GGAAUUUUCACAAACAGUAAUUGCCCCAGCAAGGAUAAAUACGUCUUUCCCCCUGUCUCUCAGUCGCUCGCCUGGUCUCUCUUUCUCCCGGCCGACGCCUCCAGAGUCCACGACCUCCAGCUCUCUUCGCCAACCCAUUCGCAGAAUCGCAGAGCGAGCACAAAUCGAGACCAACUCUCUCUCAUCAUUCCCAUUCUCCGAUGCCCCGAUUCCCAACAUCCUCCACCAUCGAUCACUCCAAACGGAAAAGCCUAAGCUUCCUGGUGUGAGACCUGUCAUUUUGAAGGCGAGCAAAUCAAGAGCUGAUCUUCUCAUUGAGUCAUUGAAGCUGGUGAUAAAAUAUACUAAACAGAUAAAAGAUUUAAGUCCAGUCCAGCUCAGGGCUGUACCAAACAACUGACAAGACUCAAACCCAAGCCAGUCCAAGCCAGCCCAGUCCAAUACUCGAAGCUGAAUCCAUGCCAGUCUAGGCCAGCCCACCAAACAUGCCCUAAGGGCUAUCACCAAAUUACAAGGAUCGUAAAAUAUGACUCUCACGGCAACUCAUUGUGUCGCCUCAAUCCCAACAUACCCAAUCUGCAAGCAUCAACAUAAACCUCCUCGAUCUCUCUCCCGGCGGAUCUUAUCAAGAUCAAAUAGAGUCUCAAAUGUUAAAAUUCCGCAGUCGACCUCUUUAACCUUCGAGCCAAGAAACGAGUGUGAGUGCUUCAAUCUGUACGAGCAGCAGGUUCCAUAUGAACAGGCGUGGGCUUGGCAGAAGAGCAUAGUUAACGAGAAAAAAACUUUGAUUCAGAGGAAUGAGGAUUGCUCGGACUCGCUGUUUGUUCUUCAGCACCGUCCUGUGUAUACCUUGGGGACUGCUAGUUCAGAGCAGUUCCUUAAUUUUGACGUCAAGGACUCACCUUUUGACAUUUAUCGAACCGAACGUGGCGGCGAGGUUACAUAUCAUGGUCCUGGUCAGAUAGUUAUGUACCCCAUUAUGAAUCUCCGAAAUCACAAGAUGGAUCUUCAUUGGUACCUCAGGUCACUUGAGGAGGUGAUCAUCCGUGCGCUUUCAAAGACAUUUUGUAUCAAGGCAUCACGGCUUGAGGGCCUCACUGGUGUUUGGCAUGGAACCCAGAAACUGGCAGCCAUCGGAAUACGAGUAUUACAGUGGAUAACGUAUCAUGGCUUAGCGUUGAAUGUCACCACUGACUUAACCCCUUUUCAUUCGAUAGUGCCCUGCGGGUUACGAGACUAUCAGGUUGGAAGUGUUAGAGGCUUGCUGAAGGAAUUUCAGUCAUCCACUGACUGCGAAAGAGCACGUCUACCUGAUCCUGAUGAUGGCCAGCUACUUGAUAUUACUUGUAAAUCUUUGAUCAAAGAGUUUUCAGAAGUUUUCCAGGUUAGAAUCAAUUAUGAAACCAUCUCAAGGUUGGAGUUAUUAGAAAGGAAACCUGUAAACCAUUUGGAAGAGGAAACUAAUUAAUUGAGGGCUUGAGCCCUACAUCUCUGAAUCAUUGUUGAUGUGAAACACAUAUUAGCCCUUGGUUAGAAAAAUAUAUUGGGCUUAUUCUUUAAA